UCAAUUAUGUACAUACUUUGCUUUAUAUUCACAUCACCUCCCAUCAUAGUCAACAUUUUACUUACAUGUAUUUUAAUUGGUAAUGAUAAUCCAUCAGAAACCUAAAUGUGAAGGAGCCAUAAGACAAUUACCUAAUACGUAUGUAUGUAUCGUGACCGUAUAGCUAAAUUAAUCAUUUCAUGAAAUGUUCGGCCAUAUUGCAUAUACGUUUUUUUAAUCAAACUUUAGAGUGUGAAAUUUUUCUAUUUGGAGCUUAAAUGAGAAUUUUAGUUAAACAUUCCUUUUAUCUUUCAAGAAGGUUCCCAUAAAAUUAAUAACUAAGCAGAAAGUAUCUACUUACUGGCUGAAAAUUUUCUAUCAAGACUUGUCAUAAAAAUUCUAUUAAUGAAAAUAGAACAUAAAAUUCUCGCAGUAAAAUAAUAUUCACCAUGGGCAAGAAUAUUUUAAUGGAUUUUUUAAUUUGUGUUCUUUUGUUGUUUAAUAUUUUACAAAUUUGCGCAAGCCAAGUGGACAAAAAAAGCGCCGAUUACAAUGAGCCUCUGGAUGAUUCUGCCAUGAAUGGAAUGGACAUCGCAGACCAGGAUAUGAGUACGAAUAAUAACGUCUCAAUGUGUGUGAGAAGACAAAAUACUCUGAUGCAUGAAAUCCAGACGGCUAGCCCGAAACAAUUCCCAUUUGUCGUAGCACUUAUGUCUCAAAGGAAUGAAUAUGUUUGCGCAGGAUCUAUUGUUGCGAAUGGCAUAAUUCUCACAUCCGGUCACUGCGCUCAAUUGGCGAGCUAUGCUCUGGUAAAUACAACUUCUGAUAAAAAGGACGAAGCUACUAUACAGUUGCACGUGAUAAAAACUGAAAAUUUCCCAACCUAUACUGGGCCAGAUGCCGCUAAAAAUGUUGGAAUCCUAUUUACUGAAAAACACAAUAAUACUAUAGCUUCAAAAAUUCGCCUGAGCAAUGUUACAGAUGGAAAGAAUUUAAAUGAAAUGGAAGCUAUAGGAUUUGGGUUAAACACUGAGGUUGGACAGCCAAAAACCUUGCAGGUUAUAGGAGUAGAACAAAGGUCAACUAGUGGCGAUGUAUUAAUGGGUUUCAUUGAUUGCAUUGAAACCAAAGUGCCAACAUGUUUCAAAGAUUUAGGAGGGCCUGUAAUUUUUGAUAGUGAACUUAUUGGAGUGGUAACUAAAGGACAAAAUGAAUGCACUAAAGAAAUGACCACAUCAUACGCAAUAAACAAGCACAUUGUUGACGUUCUACCAAUCUAUACUUUCAAAGCAUGGCUUGACGACCAAAUUCUUAAAAACCAAGAGCAGGUUAAAGAACCUCUAGAAAUAUAUCCCUCGAAGCCGAUAUUCCGCGAAGCAGUACACGUGAUGACAAGUUCUGGAAAUGGAUUUAAAAUUAGCUUGUCGUUAUUUAUUAUUCAAAUUUUAUACAAAUUACUGUUGAUUUAUUAGUUAUGAUAAUGGAAUUUUAUUUAAAUUUUGAGUAAAAGGAUGUCAAUUUGAAUUAUGCAAAUAAAGCUACAUAACUGAAA